GCCGUGGCUACAAAAAUGUGUUUAAUGCUCUGAUUCGAAUCGCCUGGGAGGAAGGGGUCCCCACACUAUGGAGGGGCUGCAUCCCUACCAUGGCUCACGCUGUCGUGGUCAACGCGGCCCAGCUCGCUUCCUACUCCCAAUCCAAGCAGUUCUUACUGGACUCAGGCUACUUCUCUGACAACAUCCUGUGCCACUUUUGUACCAGCAUGAUCAGCGGCUUGGUCACCACCGCUGCUUCCAUGCCAGUGGACAUCGUCAAGACCCGGAUCCAGAACAUGAGGAUGAUUGACGGGAAGCCGGAAUACAAGAACCGGCUGGACGUGCUGGUGAAGGUUGUCCGUUACGAGGGCUUCUUCAGCCUGUGGAAGGGCUUCACACCGUACUAUGCCCGCCUGGGCCCCCACACCGUCCGCACCUUCAUCUUCUUGGAGCAGAUGAACAAGGCCUACAAGCGUCUCUUCCUCAGUGGCUGAGGCAGGCGAGGGGCCGGGGUGCCAGGGCUCCCCCUUACCCGCUGCUCCCACAGUCAGUGUGCUCCCGGGGGCCUGGACUCUGCUGCCCUGGGCCCCUCUAUUUAUUUUCCCUCCAUGGUGUGGUUCCCUCCUCUGCGGUAAAGGACUGUGGUCUGUCCUA